UUGAUACCUUACUUUAUAUUUCAAAUCAACAUACAUUUUUACAAAAAAAUAUAUAACGAAAUGCUUAAUCAAAUAGUUUAUAUUUCGAGCAAAUCUCUGCAAAGUGAAACGGCAAAGUUAUCAUCAAUCUCAAAUCGAACAAAAGUAGUGGAUGAGCUGAUAGCAUCGUAUGGAUUACUUGAUAAAUGUCAUACAGUCAAUCCACCAAAAUGUAGUUCGAGCGAUUUGCUGAUAUUCCACAGUUCCGAUUACGUCGAUUUUCUGAAGCGCUCCAAUCAGGUAGAUGACUUGAAUGAAGUCACUGAAGAAUUGGAAGAGUUUGGGAUAGCCUACGACUGUCCUCUGAUUGAUAGAAUCUACGACUUUGUCACUCAAGUCGCGGGGAGUUCAGUGGCCGCGGUGGAUGCCGUUUUGAACGGGGCAAAAUUUGCCAUCAAUUGGAGUGGCGGUUGGCAUCAUGCGCAGCGAGAUAAAGCAUCGGGAUUCUGUUAUGUUAAUGACAUUGUGAUUGGAAUUUCAAAAUUGAGAUCAAAAUUUCAGAAAGUGCUCUAUAUUGAUCUGGAUGUUCAUCACGGUGACGGAGUGGAAAACGCCUUUUGUUCCAGCAAAUAUGUAAUGACCGUUUCAACUCAUUUGCACGAGGCUGGCUAUUUUCCUGGCACCGGUAAUGUCACCGACAUUGGGAUAGGUGCUGGCAGAGGAUAUACAGUGAACGCUCCAUACGAUCGGGAUAUUUCCGGAGAAAUGUUCGUGCCGUAUUUCACUGAGAUAGCUCAAGCAGUGUACGAAACGUUUAGACCAAAUGUAUGCGUGAUACAGUGUGGAGGAGAUGUUAUUUCUGGGGAUCAUCUGGGAGGAACGAAUCUGUUGCCCGAAGACUGCAUUAGCUGUGUAAAAAAGAUUUUGGAAUUUGAAGUGCCGUUCAUAUUCUUGGGGGGUGGUGGCUACAAUAUCAUAAAUACUGCCAAAUAUUGGACGGCAUUAACGGCGACUAUUCUGAACGUAGAAAUUUCCAAGGACAUUCCGGAGAACGAUUUCUUUCUUGAUUUUGGACCAGAUUAUGUGAUAGACGUAUGCAAGCGUAACGUAAAGGAUAAAAAUAGUGCACAAGAUUUGUCUCAGAAAGUAUGUAUUAUAAAAGGUAAGAAUCAGAUCAGGAAACUUAAAAUGGUUGAACUAUCACUAAACGAUUCAAUUUUUAUUCUAGGCAAUCUCGAGAGGUAUGUUCGGAGCGCAUCGUGAUUUUUUUUGACAAUGUACAAUGAACGGUGUAAUGCUUGUCCUAAAUAAACCUAAUGAUACAAUCAUAGCUCUUCCUUCUUUUCCUUCUUCUUAUCUUGUCCAUCUGAAAGUGCUUCAUACAAGCACUUGGGAUCGUUUCCCUUCAGUACGGUUUCCUCGCACAAGUACUUGAUCAA